AUGCCCCUCAUAAUCCUAACCGGCUACCCCUGCUCGGGGCUAACCCACCGCGCGAACCAACUCGCAGCCGGACUCCAAGAAACCCAGGAGACCGUGUUCGCCGACUCCGAGAAACCGCCCUACAAAAUCCACGUCGUAUCAACGCAUGACGAAAACCGCCCGCGCACAGUCUACGACCAUGCGCGCACGGAAAAGGAGGCCCGCGGCGUGGCGUACACGCGCGCGCGCCGCAUGCUUGGAAAGGACAGCUUCGUGAUUCUCGACGGCAUGAAUUAUAUCAAGGGCUAUCGGUACCAGCUGUGGUGUGAGGCGAAGGCCUUGGGGACGACAUGUUGCGUUGUUCACGUCGGAACACCAAUUGACCAAUGCGUCGCGAAUAACGAGGCCCGGAUUCAGCGUGAGUCCCAAUCUCAAUCCCAAUCGGACUCGGAACCGCAACCUCAGUCCGAAACCACAACACCAGCUGCAGCUGCAGAGACGGAGAAAACCACAGACACAGAACAACCCUAUCCGCCCGCCCUCCUCCAAAACCUCAUCUUCCGGUACGAAGAACCAAGCACGCACAGCAGAUGGGACAAGCCUCUCUUCACCGUCCCCUGGAGCGACGAAAAACCUCCAAUCGCCGAGAUCUGGACCGCCCUAACAGGCAUCGCCCACCCCGAGACAACCGAGACUACGGGCCAACUCCCAGCCCUAACGUCAACACUCACAAACACUCACCUCUCCUCCGCCGCAUCGAUAGCGCCCUCGACAACAACCAAAGGAGGUGGAUCUUUCCGCCGCGAACGCCCGAAGAUAAAACCCCACCUUGCAACCGUGCAGCCGACCUCUACCGAGUCGGGUCUUCUCUAUAGUAUGGAGAAGCGGACGUCGGCGGUAGUAUCUGCGAUUCGGAGUUUUGUGGUCGAGAACCCGUCUGCGGAGGGUGCGUUGGCGAAGGCCGGGGAUGAUGCGGAUGGGAUCAGGAUUGUUGUGCCGGAGGUGGAGACGGCGGUGUUUAUACCGGCGCAUGUGGCGAUGACGGCGACGACGGAUGAGCUUGGUGGGGCUGGGGGAUUCUGGCGGUGCCCAGGUUGCAGAGGUUGA